GCCUACCUCACUACUCAGUUGACUAGAAAAAUAAGAAAGCCUGUAUAGUGGAGAUGGCAGCAGGAAGUAGGGAAAUCUUAGGCAAACUCACAGCAAGCAAAUGCCCUUCAGAACCCUUAUACCCAUCUUCCCUUGGCUGUCCUUUUCCCCGGCGACAAUUCUGCUUUCGUCCUCCAUUCCCUUUGUUUCCAUCGACGCUGCUUCAGAGAAAAAUGCAAGUGAGGACAAAGAUGGUGAGCAGGCCGGUGGCGACUCUCACCACUGAGGUGGCGUUAGUGAAAGCUAAUUCGGUAGAAAUACCAUUGAAGCUGACAGCUAUAGUGACUGUAAGGAAAAACAAGAUGGAGAACAUGAAAGAGAUAAUGCUUAACUUGCUAGAUGGGUACCCUAAACUGAGCCAGAGAGAUAAGGGUGUUGUUCUUCAGCUUGUUAGCAAUGAUCUAUAUCCUGACAAAAUGAGCUUACAGCUAAGCAAGGAGGCCACACUGGAUUGGUCAAAGAGUUUAUUAAAGACUGGAGAUGAGAAAACAACUUACAAAGUUGAGUUCAUGGUGGAUUCAAACUUUGGCGUGCCAGGAGCCAUCACAGUAAGCAACAGGUACCAAGAGGAGUUCUUUUUGGAAAGCAUCAUCAUUGAAGGGACUGUGCAUUUUGUUUGCAACUCUUGGGUUCAACCAGAGAAAGAUCAUCCACAGAAAAGAAUCUUCUUCUCAAACAAGGUUUAUUUACCUUGUGAGACACCGGAAGGACUAAAAAAGCUAAGAGAGGAAGAGCUGAGGCAACUCCGGGGUGAUGGGGCAGGACUUCGGAAACUUUCUGAUAGAAUAUAUGAUUACGACGCAUAUAAUGACUUGGGAGAUCCAGAUAAAGGACCUGAACAUGAGAGGCCAACGCUGGGAGGUCCAGAGAAUCCGCAUCCAAGAAGGUGUCGAACUGGGCGUCCUCCAGCCAGCUCUGAUAAAAAUGCAGAGUCACCGGUUUCUGUUUCCAUGCCUAUGUAUGUGCCAAGAGAUGAAUCCUUAGGGGAGCUCAAAAGAAGCGCUUUCAGUCUGGGAAAGUUGAAAGGAAUUGCCCGGAAUGUGAUUCCUUCCUUAAUCACCACUGUCUCAGAUUACAGUGUUUUUGAGGAGUUUUCUGACAUCAGUGAUCUCUACAAGGAAAAGUCUCCUGAAAAAAUGUCUCGCAAAGGAACAACGAAGUUUCCUCUGACAAAGAUGCUGAACACGUUUCAGGAAUUCGUAGAAGAAUUUUUCAAGUUUGAUCCACCAAAAAUCAACUCCAGAGAUGUUUCAUGCUGCUUGCGAGAUGAUGAAUUUAGUCGUCUGACCCUUGCUGGCAUAAAUCCCCUCAGCAUUGAAAGGCUGAAGGUUUUCCCCCCAAGAAGCAGAUUGGAUCCAUCAGUCUAUGGACCCCCGGACUCCGCACUGAAAGAGGAACAUAUUGUAGGCCAGUUAAAUGGAAUGUCUGUGCAACAGGCACUGGAACAGAACAAGCUGUUCAUAUUAGAUUAUCAUGACGCUUACCUUCCAUUUCUAGACCGCAUAAAUGCUCUUGAAGGUCGUAAAGCUCAUGCAACUCGUACAAUUUUCUUCUUGACCCCGAUGGAAACCCUCAAGCCCAUUGCAAUUGAGCUCAGUCUUUGUCCUGUUGAUCCCAACACACCAUCAAAGCAGGUUCUCUCGUCUCCAGUCGAUGCGACCACAAAUUGGCUUUGGCAACUAGCCAAAGCUCAUGUUUGCUCCAAUGACGCUGGAGUACAUCAGCUUGUUCAUCACUGGCUGCGUGUCCAUGCGUGUAUGGAACCAUUCAUAAUAGCAGCUCACCGACGGUUGAGCACGAUGCAUCCGGUCUUCAAGCUUCUUGAUCCCCACAUGCGCUACACUCUGGAAAUAAAUGCACAAGCUCGUGAGACACUCAUCAAUGCUGGAGGUGUCAUUGAGACUGACUUUACUCCUGCCAAAUACUGCAUGCUGCUCAGUUGUGCUGCCUAUCGAGAUUGGUGGCGCUUUGACAUGGAGGGCUUACCUGCAGAUCUCAUCAGAAGGGGAAUGGCGAUACCAGAUCCAACCCAGCCUCAAGGGUUAAGACUGCUCAUUAAAGACUACCCUUAUGCCACUGAUGGGCUCCUGAUAUGGUCUGCAAUUGAGAAAAUGGUCCGAGCAUACGUUAACUACUACUACCAAGACUCAAACAAAGUCCAAGCAGACAACGAACUUCAAGCUUGGUACAAGGAGUCAAUCAACGUGGGUCACGCUGAUGUUCGUGAUUCUAGUUGGUGGCCUAAACUUUCUACCCCGGACGAUCUUGCUUCAAUCCUCACGACUAUUAUCUGGAUUGCAUCAGCGCAACACGCCGCCUUGAACUUUGGCCAAUAUCCAUACGGUGGAUAUGUCCCAACCCGACCACCACUAAUGCGCCAACUAGUGCCGAGGGAGCAAGAUCCUGAGUAUGCAGAUUUCAUCAAUGACCCACAAGGAUACUUCCUAUCAUCUUUACCGAAUUUGUUCCAAGCAACAAAAUUUAUGGCUGUAAUAGACAUAAUAUCAGCACACUCACCUGAUGAGGAGUACAUUGGAGAGAGAGAUUUGUCAGCCUGGUCAGGAAACAAUGAAAUCACUGAAGCAUUCUACAAAUUUUCAAUGGAGAUAAGAAGGAUUGAGAAGGAAAUUGAGAAAAGAAAUGCUGAUCCAAACCUUAGGAACAGAUGUGGAGCUGGGAUUACACCAUAUGAAUUACUCAUUCCAAGCUCAGGACCAGGUGUUACAGGUCGAGGGGUACCUAAUAGCAUAACUGUAUAAGGUUCAACUAGUUUGUAGCAGAAAAUCAAGGUUGUAUCACACU